AUGGGCUGUGCGUCCGAUGCGGAAACAGACCGGGCAUCUGACAGCUCGAGCUCUUCGUCGUCAGCGUCUGAAUCUGAGUCGGGGCGUGAUUCAGAGAGCGAAGCCGAAAUGCUGGAGGGCGCAUCCAGACUGCCGGGCUUCUUUGUUGUGAACACUCUGUCUAUGCGGGCGCAUGGCUGUGUGAUUGGCCCUGGGGGCCAGUUGGGCCGGGCUUGUGCCCCUUGCCAUGAAAUGGACGGCGUUCAGCUGCGCUGGCAUGCGCCAGCGUCCAGCCCGGUGACCAUGAGCCUUGUGAGACACGUGUGCAGCCCAUGCGCUGAGGCUUUGUGGUUGCUGCCGCGGCGUUAUGCCGGCAGCGGCUUCUUGCAUUUCCUGUUGGUGAGCAAGUUGCGGCUGGCCGAAGAAGCGGAGUGGAAAGUUUUGCCCAUCACAGCCAAAUUCCGCAAACUCUGGAAGGAGUGCCAAGCUUUGCAAGCUGUAGGAAGUCCUGCAGUGCCAAGCCAGCCAGCUGUAGAGAGUCCUGCAGCGCCAAACCAGCGGGCCCUGGCCCUGCCCGAGGAAAACGGAGAGGCCCAGCCAAGUCUUACCAACACGCAAGAUCCGUUGGCGGUGGGCAUUCCUGGCCUCCAGCCUGCAAACAAGCUGUCUGUGCUGGACCGUGACCGCAUGCGAAAAGAACCCGAGAAGCGGUUGCCAUCGGCUUUGCAGCCCCGCGGCGACCUGCUGGACAUCGUAGCCGCUGCAGCCGGCGUGCAGCAGGAAGUGCCCGCUGGGGUGACCGUUUGGCAGCUGGCAAAUUGGGUGUUGUUCGAGCGCCAGGCAGAAAGGGUUCGGGAGGAAGAGCAGGGCUACAGCCUCUUCUCUGCCAGCGGCAGCUUUGAGAAUCUCAGCCUGGGCCACAACUUGACUUGGAUCGGCUGGCGUUUGCAGGUGAGUGGCUUCACCGCCGUUUUGCCAGAGGAUUGCUCGAGCCACUUCUUGGCCCGCGCCGAGAAAACGGAGCGGGCGGCGCUCAGCCGCUGGAAGCUCCAUAGUGUGGCAAAUUGCGUAGUUCAGGACAAAGCUGCCCCGGCCCUCGUGCACCCGCGGCUGACAAGUGACCGGGUCAACGCAGUGUCUACCCAGGCGGCGCAGUACGCCUGCGCUAGCCGCAAGCAUUGCUUUGCGCAGCUGCCGCGGGCGCUCGAGAUCAGCAACCUGGCAGGGCUGUGGGGUAAAGCCAUCGAAGAUGGGGCGCCAACUCCCAAAACGUCCACCAGAUGUUCGGAGGUCGCCCCGGGCGCGGUCCCGGUCUCCAAACCCGCGGGGCAUGCGCAGCUGGGAUUGACGCGGCCGGCCGGCACCUAUGCCGCCAAGCACGGCUACAGGGCGACACAUCAACUCGCCACGAAUGGCCCACCCGCGGCCAUGGCGCUCGCCCGUUCCUUGGCGCGGUGCUCGGCGAAGUCAUUUUCGUCGCUGGCCGCGCGGUUCCGCCCUGCCUUGCCAGGCUCCGGGCGCAGCAAUGUGGCCCUCAGCGAGGGCCGGUUUUCGCAGCUCCUCGAAGCGGAGAUUACCACCAUGUCCAUGCAAGAGGCACGGAGCCUCUCCCUGAAAGACAUGAUGGAACUGGCCACGGUGCCGGAGACCCUGGCGGACAUUCUGCACGAGGAGCUGCCGGUGCGCUACGCGCGCCGGAUUUCCAUGUUGGAAUCUCUGCCGGAGUGGAGGGGCAAUCCCAGCAUCAGGCAUGUGCGGGACAUGUACAUCAAGUCCUUCAAGGAGCUUCGGAUGGCCGAUCAGCUCCGGGACUCCGAGCUGAGGCAGUGCCUUGCAAAGAUCAAGAACCGCCACUCUCGGACCAACUUGUUGGUGCAGGGCUUCAAGGAGUACCUUCAACAGAAGAAGCUCUCUGAGCCCCAGAUCAAUGAGUGGCUCAAUGAGUUCUUCACGCUGCGCAUCAGCACGAGCUUGUUGAUCUCCCAGUUUGAGGAGCUGGCAGGGCACGCAAUAAGCAGUGAGGCAGACGCCAGCUUCAACCCGUACCAGAGUUUCAUCAACACGCAGUGUGAUCCGCUGAAAAUUGCGCAGCAUGCUGCCGAUGUCAUUCAGAAGCUUUGCGAGCAGUGGUAUGGGAGAGCGCCCAAGAUCAUCGUCACGGAUGCAGGAGCGGUGCCUUUCACUUUCGUGCCUCGGUACAUGUUCUACAUCUUGUCGGAGCUCUUGAAAAACUCGGUGCGCGCCACUGUGGAACACUCUGCACGCGGCGGGAAGGAGAUGGGCCCUGUGACCUUGGUCGUUUGCAACAGCAAAGGCAUCACCAGCAUCCGAGUCUCAGACGAAGGAGGUGGAAUCCCGGUGCAAAGCUUAGCGCACGUUUGGUCAUACCUCUACACCACUGCGCAGCCCAUGGAUAUUCCCAUCACGAGGGAGGGCGUGGAUGCCCCCACGGAACUCCAGCGCCUGGAGAUGUCCAUGCACGUGGCCCACAGUUUGGCCUUGCCGGAGGAGACGGCCCGCGAACAUCGCAUCCUCCUGAGGUCCCCACUGGCGGGCCUGGGCUGCGGGCUCCCACUGAGCCGGCUCUAUGCAGAGUACCUGGGGGGCCGCAUGAAGCUGCAGACGAUGCCCAGGUACGGCACAGACGUCUUUGUGUACCUCAACAGCGUGGGCAACAGUGGCUGGGCCGAACACGGGAAUUGUCUUCUUUCAGCUCGGAGCGUGUCAGGUGCAGAGAUGCUGAAGGCGAUCUGACUGGCUUGGGCA